GGAGGCUGGAGGCCCGGCAGGAGAGCCCAGCUGGCACCCUCGGCUGUACCCCCAGGCCAGCAGAACAACUGCCAUAAAGAGGCCUGGAGCAGGCUUGGCCCCGACAGUGACUUCUGCCAGAGGGAUCAGCCCUUGCCAAAUCCCCCACAGCAACAUCCUCUGGCCUCCUGGACUAUGGCUGGUCUCAGCCCCAGCUGUUACUGCCUCCUCUUCCUGUUCCUCUUGGGAAAUGCAGGGGCUGAGAGCUUGGAGAAGGCCACCCCAGAACAAAUACAUUUGUCCUACCCAGGUGAGCCUGGCUGCAUGACAGUAACCUGGACCACUUGGGUACCAGCUGCCUCUGAGGUGCAGUUUGGGAUGCAGGCCGGGGGGACUUUAGCCCUGCAGGCCCAGGGCACCUCGAGCCUCUUUGUGGAUGGGGGGAUCCUGAAACGGAAGCUGUACAUGCACCGAGUUACCCUUCGGAGGCUGCUGCCUGGGGCCCACUAUGUCUACCGCUGCGGCAGUGCCCAGGGCUGGAGCCGCAGGUUUCGUUUCCGGAUGCUCCAGCCCGGGCCCAACUGGAGCCCCCGCCUGGCGGUCUUUGGGGACAUGGGGGCCGAUAACCCGCAGGCGCUGCCCCGACUGCGGAGGGAGACCCAGCAGGGGAUGUACGAUGUGGUGCUGCACGUGGGAGACUUUGCCUACAACAUGGACCAGGACAACGCAAGGGUCGGGGACACGUUUAUGAGGCUCAUCGAGCCGGUGGCUGCCUCUGUGCCCUACAUGACGUGCCCCGGGAACCACGAGGAGCGCUAUAACUUCUCCAACUACAGAGCGCGCUUCAGCAUGCCGGGGGACACCGAGGGCCUCUGGUACAGCUGGGACCUGGGGCCUGCCCACAUCAUCUCCUUCUCCACUGAGGUCUAUUUCUUCCUUCACUACGGUCGCCACCUGAUUCAGAAGCAAUUCCGCUGGCUGGAGAGAGACCUGCAGAAAGCCAACGAGAACCGGGCAUCGAGACCGUGGAUCAUAACGAUGGGGCACCGCCCCAUGUACUGUUCCAACGCCGACCUGGAUGACUGCACGCGGCAUGAGAGCAUAGUCAGAAAAGGCCUUUCCGGCGGUCGCUAUGGCUUGGAGGAUCUCUUCUAUAAAUAUGGAGUGGACCUGCAGCUGUGGGCCCAUGAGCACUCCUACGAGCGCCUCUGGCCCAUCUAUGAUUACCAGGUCUAUAAUGGAAGCCGAGAAAGCCCCUACACCAACCCCCGUGGACCCAUCCAUAUCAUCACUGGAUCUGCUGGCUGCGAGGAAAUGCUGACCCCUUUCGCCCCUUUCCCGAGGCCUUGGAGUGCCCUCAGGGUGAAGGAAUAUGGCUUUACCCGCCUCCACAUUCUAAAUGGAACCCAUCUCCACCUGCAGCAGGUGUCUGAUGAUCAGGAUGGCAAGAUUGUGGAUGAUGUAUGGCUGGUCAGACCCAGGCAAGGCCGGAGGACCUACCUCUAGGCCCAGGCUCAGGAGGUGGGCAAGGCCUGACCUCCAUCAAGGAGGCCAGAACCUCUUCAGCCUCUGGGGCCCUGGAGGGCAUAGAGGGCCUGGGGUCCUAGGCUCCUGCUGCCCAGAGGGAGGAAAGAAGGGAGCUAAGAAGAUAUGUAGAGAUAGGGAUGGAGUGUCCUCAUGGAGCCAAGGUUGGGCUUCUCUGCCCACCUUCCCCAAUCCCCCACCACUGUCUCGUGCUGCAUGGUCAUGGAUUUCAGGAUUCCCAAAGGAUCAGGCAACUCCUCAGCUUGGAAGGAGACGAAAGGAAGCUCCUUAAGGCUCUGGACACAGCUCUCCUCUACUCAGGGAUCUUCCUUGGCUCUCACUGCCCACAGAAUGAACUCAAACUCAGGGACCUUGUCCUCCAGUCUGCUCAUUCCUCUGCUUCAAGGCUCCCUUCUAUAUGCCCUCCAUUUUCCUACCUCCACAGCGAAUGAAUGCCCUCCCCCAGCCAAAGUUAUGGCCAUUCUUGAAGGCUCAGCUCAGAUGAUACCCUCCUUCUUUCCCAGGAGGCCCUCCCUGAGUUGCCCCACUUCCCCCACCUUCCUCUUCUGAACCCUGGGAGCCUUUUGUGCCCUUCACUUUCUGGUGGGGUUCAAAGGAAGACAUUUAUUUCAUUAGUAUUUAUUUCUGGUGAGGAAACUCCCCCCACCCAACUCAGAUCAGUAGCUGCUCCAACACUUCCCUGAGACUCUAGGAGACUUGCCCAGACUCGGGAUUCAUCCAAGGUAGAACUUAAACUCAGGAAUUCCUGACUUUGAACCUCUUUUCCCAAUCAAAGAAAGACCUGGCGUGACAACCACGAUCAUCCAUUUUCCUGUCCUCCUCCUGUGUCCUCAUCUCCCCCACAGAGUGGUGGCCCAGUCAGGACCUCUUUGCCCCAGCUCUGGCCAUCAGGCCCCAAAUUCUCAAGCCCUAGCCUCUCCCCUUGACGACCACAGUCCACAAGAGCCCUGGCAGAGCCUUUCCUCACACCUACCAGAUGUCUGGAGCACCCUGAUAUUAGGGGUUGGUCUGUAAAGCUGUAUCAAUUGGAGUCAUUUGUGAAGUUCGACAUGGCAAAAUGAUGGAAAAGCCACUGGCUAGGGACAACCGUGAAGCCCUCCUGUGAUCUUGGUCCUUCCCUCUGGAACUCAGUUUUCCCACCUGAAUGAUAAGAGAGAAUCCAUUGAAAUUUCUGCAGGUUCUACUAGCUGUGAAGCCUCUCUCCUCCAGGAAGUCCUCUCGGCCCCAGAGCCCUGUCUCUUAGCUUUAUCCCCCAGCCUCCUAGAAUGACCUCCCCUCGAUGUCUCCAUCUAUGAAAUAAGACCUGGCCUCCAUGGUUCCUUUUGGCUCUGAUUAGGAUUAAAGAUCUGUGGCUGCAAAAUCUAGAAGCUCGGGGGCCUCUGGUCUAACUCCCUUAUUUUAUAGCUGGGGAAACAGGCCCAAGGUCACCCAGGCAGGAAAUGUCAAACUUAUAGGAUUCAAACUUAGGGUCUCUGACUCUGGAGCCAGGGAGUGCCCGAUUAGACAGAACUGCCCCCCCCAUCUCUUUUCUUGGGCCUCAGUUUCCCCAGAUCUGUAAACAAGGAGAAUAUGUUCUCACCCUGCCUCCCAGAGCUUCUGGGAGGAAACUGAUCCUUUGAAUCAUCAAUCACACUCAGGGAAGGAAUGGGAGCUAACGUGAGCAGCAUCAUUCAGAAGUAUUUGUGUUUGUUCAGAGUCUGACACACAGAAAGGGCUUAAUAGGUGUUUGCUGAAUGAAUGACUGAACAAAUGAGUGGCCCAAAGGAGAGGCUCAGAAGGGAGACCCACAGGCAUUUCUGGGGAGGUGCCUUAUUCUAUGUUCACUCAAUGAACAUAUUCAAAUAGCAUUCUCCAUGUGCCCAGAAACAGGAAGGCUUCCUAGAGGAGGUGUGUGUACUAUAUCUUAAGACUCUUUUGAUCAUGCAUCUUCACUGGUAAAAGUCUUCUGAACACACAUUCCAAAAUAUAGAUAUUUAUUUAUUUAUAAAUUAUACAACUUCUCUAUACUUCUUUCAACUGAGGACUCCUUUCAUGUAUAGGUUGGAACAGAUGGCCAUGGAGGUCCCUUCCAACUCAGAAAGUCUGUGAAUCUAUGAUAAUAUAUUCUGUACAUUAUAAAAUAUAAAGUUAAAGGUUUUAAAAGGAUAAAGAUGAAAUAAACUAUAUUUGCAAAAUAAA